GCAGCCUCUUUGGAUAACUUCUGAAGUGCUGAUUUUCCUCAGUUGCAAGGGAGUUGGAUCAGGAAAGUUAAUGAGUGUAACCAGAGCACAUCAGUCAGUAAAUAAAAGACUGUUGGAGGAUCCAAAGUAUAUGCAUUCUACACAGACUGUAGAGACUACAAGGAAAGCUACCUUCAUGGUGCUUCACCAACAAAAACAAAAAACAGUACAAAACUAAAACAGGCAACAUAAGCAAGUUAACAGCCCUUAAUUGCUGCAGUACCUGGUUUGGUGGAAUUAAGUGUGCCAAGGUUUUUUGUAAAAUGCUGUUUUGGCACACUCAACCAGAACACUACCAUCAGCACUCCAACAACGCCAACAGUUAUCUGCGUGAUGUCCUUGCUCUGCCAAUCUUCAAGCAAGAGGAGCUCCAGCUGUCUCCUGGGAAUGAAGCAAAACUGCCAUCUUUUCAAUAUAUUCUGUGUGCACCCACUUCACCUGCAGUCAAACUACAUGAAGAGACACUUACAUAUCUUAAUCAAGGCCAGUCUUGUGAAAUCCGCUUUCUUGACAACAAAAAAUUAGGUGACCUUCCUGACUUAAAUAGAAGAUAUUUAAAGAGCAUCAUUCGAGUGGUGUUUCAUGACCGGCGUUUACAGUAUAUGGAGCACCAGCAGCUGGAGGGCUGGAGAUGGAGCAGACCUGGUGACAGAAUCCUCGAUAUUGACAUCCCAUUAUCUGUUGGUAUCCUUGACCCAAGGGCAAACCCCACACAGCUGAAUGCUGUUGAGUUUCUGUGGGAUCCAACAAAGCGAGCUUCAGCAUUCAUCCAGGUGCAUUGUAUCAGCACAGAAUUCACCCCAAGAAAGCAUGGGGGAGAAAAGGGAGUUCCAUUCCGGAUCCAAGUUGAUACAUAUAAGCAAAAUGAGAAUGGAGAAUACACCGAUCAUCUGCAUUCAGCUAGCUGUCAAAUUAAGGUUUUUAAGCCCAAAGGAGCUGACAGAAAGCAGAAGACAGACAGAGAGAAGAUGGAAAAGAGAACCCCUCUGGAAAGGGAGAAAUAUCAGCCAUCAUAUGAUACAACAGUUCUAACAGAGUGCUCUCCGUGGCCAGAUGUUUCAUAUGUAAACAGCAGCCCUUCUUCUGGUUACAACAGCUCUCCAACCAAUUUUACCAUUAGUGAAGGAAACUGUUCACCUGAGCAUCAAGUGGACCCUCUACCUCCCAGCAGUGAUCAACUCCUACCUUCGGCCUCCAUUCAAGAUGCACAGCAGUGGCUACACAGAAAUAGGUUUUCCCAUUUUUGUAGGCUUUUUUCCAAUUUCUCUGGGGCAGAUUUAUUAAAGAUGUCUAGAGAAGACUUUGUCCAGGUUUGUGGUCCAGCUGAUGGCAUCCGACUCUUCAACGCAGUUAAAGGAAGAAAUGUCAGACCACGUUUGACAAUAUUUGUUUGUCAGGAACCAGAUCAUAAUAAGACUCAUCAUCAAAAACGGGACAGUACGGACAGCUCUGUGUGUGUAUAUCAUGCUAUCUUCUUGGAAGAAAUGACAACACUGGAGCUGACAGAGAAGAUUGCAAACCUGUAUAACAUUUCACCCCAGCAAAUAAAUCAGAUUGUCAGACAGGGGCCAACGGGGAUCCAUGUCUUAGUGAGUGAUGAGAUGGUACAGCACUUCACAGAUGAAUCCUGUUUUGUCAUCAACACAUUAAAAGCUGAAACCAAUGAUGGCUACCACAUUAUCCUGAAGUGAAGAACUCAUUUCUGACUGAUGCACAUUUUAAUAAUGGUUCUGUGUACUGAAAAUCACCCUAAAUACUACAUUUUAAACUGGACACAUGAAGAUGGACCUGGAAAUUAACUACUAUCAAAGAGACAUGCUAGUCAUGAACUAGCAAGACCUAAAAACAAUAUAAUUUGUUAUAAAACAUUAAUACUAGAAUGUAAGGAUACUUCAGAAAUAUUGAAACUCAUACGUCAUAUGGCAUGACGCAGUGUAAAAAAUGUAUCUUUAUUUUCAUGAGGGGGACGGUUAUGCAACUGGUUAUGUAUUUUAAAACAAAACUGUCAGCAUGUAUAACAUGUUAAUUUUUUUGUUAAAUGGAAUAUUUGAAAUGUCAGGAUGUUAAAAGGCUAUGCAUGCUGUCAAUCCUCAUCUCUUUGGAUUUUAUGGAGUUAAUUUUUCCAGAAUUCAGACAGGCAUCAUUACACAGACAUCUGUACUGUAUUCAGUUAGUAUUCUUUCUUUUUCAUAGUUUGAAGUAUCUGGCUCUUAAAAAUGUUCUAGGCAUUCUGCCAUUCUGUCAGGUUACUACCCUUAAGUGUUACUGUUUCUGUGAUUGUUGGGUAUGCUGGUAGUUUUUGUUAUAGAUUAUUGAAACAACUGUUAUUCUGCCAUAGAUUUAGAUUGCAUGAAACAGUCAGAGGAGGUCAGGAUUUCACAAGGCCUUCUGUUAAUAAAAGGAAUGUAGAUUCUUUUUGGAGAGGUACAAGUCAAGAAAACCUAAUGUAAAACAACACUUUAUACAGUCCAGUAUUGAGCAUACAGAUUAUGGUUUAAAAACCUUUGUGUUUUGAGUACUGCCCAACAAUAUUCAUUGUUGUUUCACUUCAUAAGCAAAGCUAAAACACCUGUUUAAGUUUUAGUUAGUGUCCAGCUUUAUUAUACUGACCUUGACUUUAUUUUUUUUUUUUCAUUCUUAUUUUAAACACUCCAAAACGGUGCACCAGCUCAUGAUACUGUAUUCUUGUGGGUUCCUACUUUGUGUACAUCUCAACUAUUUGGAAAGCUUUACCCCCCCCCCAAAAAAAAAAAACGCAGAGUACCUCUCAGUAACAAAUGUCUUUUGGUGUAGUAAGGCCACUGAAUAUAACACAUUCUGAAUUCUAACAAGAGCACUGGACUUGGAAUUGAGGUU